GUGAAACGGGCGGUUUCACUCCUUUGCCCACUGGGUCUUCUGGUGAGUCCUACUAAUGUCAAUCUAGUUUAGUUCAAACAAUUUCCCUCGACCCUGUCAUAUCCCUCUCCCUAUCAAACACAUAUUAAAAAAUAAUAGUCCCGAUGCUUGCGAUGAUUGCUCUAUAUUGACCACCUUCUAUCAGCCAGAAAGAGAGCUUCCAUCACACCUGUGGUAGCUUCACAUCGUGACGCCAUGGCUUUUGCAGAUAUGCUGCAGCGGCGCAACCAGAAGCAGUUGUCGUCCGCCGCCGCUUUGCUGGCUCUUACGGCCUUUUCUUCAUAUGUGUUCUUGUUGAACUUGGCUCCUGUCUACGGCUCGGCUCCGUCUCACAUCUUCCACGGCUAUGGAGUCGCCAUUGUUGCCGCAGCCGGUUGGUUCUUGAAGGACCGUAUCCAGCAGCUGUCGGCUCGCCGCGCCGUUUACUUGCUGCCCGUUAUGGCCGCCUGGAUUCCCACCAUCCAGUACUUGCUGUUCCAGCAGAGCUCCCAGCUCGGCAACCCCACGGGACCUAUUGUUACCACGGCCAUUGCUUUCUAUCCGUUCCUGCUGCUCUCCGUGGCCUGCGCCGGGAAAUUGAUGCAAUCCGGUCUGAACCUUGACCGUCAUGGUGAACUGGUUGCGGAACAUGGUCCUCUGCUGGCCUCAUAUGUCGUUUACUCCGCCGGCGAGCACCUGGCCAAGGCAUUCACCUCCGCCACCCUGGGAGUGACGUUCUUUCUCUCCCGGACUGGUCUGCAACUUCUCAUUGCAGGCUUGUAUUCCGCCGUCGUGCCCUCCAAGCUGCUGGUCCUGGCCAUCCCGUCUAUCCUCUUCUCGUUCACCUCGAACGUGCAUCUGCCCAUGGGCCGCACCACCACGGCCAUGGACUCGGCUAUCCGGACUGAAGGCUUCGGCCUUGUCGCCCGUCAGGACUCCUCCACCGGAUACAUCUCCGUCCUGGACAACCUGGAAGACGGCUUCCGCGUGAUGCGAUGCGAUCACAGCCUUCUCGGCGGCCAGUGGACCAAGGUCUACCGCAACUACAAGCCCGCCGUCAAGGACCCCAUCUACGCCGUCUUCACGAUGCUGGAGGCCGUUCGACUUGUGGAACCCGACAGCGGCGUGCCCCGCGUUGACGCAGACAGCAAAGCUCUGGUUAUUGGUCUCGGCGUUGGCACCACCCCUGCCGCGCUCAUCACGCACGGCAUCGAAACCACCGUCGUGGAAAUCGACCCCAUCGUACACAAGUUCGCCCUGGAGUACUUCGACCUUCCGACCAACCACAUCGCCGCCAUCGAAGACGCCACGGUCUUCGUGCGUCGUGCCCAGGAAUCCUCGCCCGCCCAGUACGACUACAUCGUGCACGACGUCUUCACCGGCGGUGCGGAGCCCGUCGACCUCUUCACCAUCGAGUUCCUGCAGGGUCUGAACGCCCUCCUGAAAGACGACGGCGUUAUUGCCAUCAACUACGCCGGCGAUGUCUCCGAAUACCCCGCCGCGCUGACCGUGCGCACCAUCGAAGCCGUCUUCCCCUCGUGCCGCAUCUUCCGCGAAGAAGUCGGCAACUCCGAAACCGCCGACUUCACCAACAUGGUCAUCUUCUGCAAGAAGUCCCCUGCGCCCUUGACCUUCCGCGACCCCGUGCCCGGCGACUACCUGCGCAGCAAGUUCCGCGAGACCUACCUGAUGCCGAAGCACGAGGUCGACCCGUCAGCGUUCAUGUCUGUCCGCGAGGGCGGUCGCGCGGUCCUCCGCGCCAAGGAGACCGGGAGGCUGCACAAGUGGCAGGAUCAGGGGGCGUUGCAGCACUGGGCGAUUAUGAGGAAGGUGUUGCCUGAUGCGGUGUGGGAGAAUUGGUGAUCUUUCUUUUUAGGUAGGAUGUUGGGGUUGGGGAUAGAGGGAAAUCAAUGUGUACUAUAGAG